AUGUCAGCAGUAGUUGCGAGUUCGCGAAGUACGGGGAAGGAGAAGAGUGAUGGUUCCAAGUCAUUCAUUCGAGAAACACGUAGUGUGAAGAUUCCACACCACCGCUUUCCUGCCCUUAAGAAGGUGUGGAUGGAAGUUUACACACCCGUUGUUGAGCAGUGCAGAUUGGAGAUUCGCAUGAACCUGAAGGCACGAUGUGUAGAACUGCGUACAUGCCCAGCCACAGUGGAGACAAGCGCAACCACCACAACAGGAAACACCGACAGCAGUAAAAUUCUCUUGCAAAAGGCAGAAGAUUUUGUAAAAGCUGUUGUGGCGGGUUUUGAUGUGAAGGAUGCUGUAGCGCUUCUCCGUAUGGAUGAUGUGUACAUUGAGGGAUUUGAAGUAAAGGAUGUUCGUGCUAAUCUGCAAGGGGAUAAUCUCUCACGUUGUAUUGGUCGCAUGAGUGGUUCGCAUGGUAAGACCAAGUACACCAUUGAGAAUGUCACUCGUACACGAAUUGUCAUUGCCGACACACAUAUUUGGGUAAUGGGAACAACACAGAAUAUUCGUGUGGCGAGAGACGCACUGUGCGAUUUAAUCCGUGGAAGUCCAGCAGCGAAAGUAUACACCCGUAUCCGUGCUGUAAUGAAUCGCGUGAAUGACACAUUUUAG